CACACCCCCGCAGCCUCUUUGACCGUGACCCCCAAAACCUUGUAAUUAGUGCCCAAAGCGGGGGCUAUUAUCGUCCCCCACUUAACGCAGCGUUUGGCAACCAGCGUCUCGAUUCGCGACUUCUCCCCAAAUAUUCAAUUACACUGCAAACACUGCUUCUAGAUUCUAGGGUUUCUCUUUCCCCCUUCCAUUACCCACUCCCAAUCCGCGAACCUCAUCGGAACCAGCCAAUGCAGCUUCUUCACUCCGACAAGCCCGCGCCCGAGCGCCGCGACUCCCCGGAGAAUCCCGACGAACCCAACGCCGCGCCCGAUUCUCUCGACUCCGGAACUGACGACGGCGCGGCUCUCGACGUCACCGGAAAGACCUUCGAAUUUCCGGCGGCGGAGAACGCCGAUGACUCUGUUGAGAGCCUUUACAUGUACAAGAACGUUUACAGCUUGAUUCCGAAGUCGGUUUCGCGCCUGGCGCGGUUGAAAACGCUCAAGUUCUUCGGGAACGAGAUUAACCUCUUCGCUCCCGAGUUCGGGAACUUGACGGCGUUGGAGUGUUUGCAGAUGAAGAUUUCCUCGCCUGGGAUUGGAGGCUUGCCGUUGCACAUGCUCCAGGGUUUGAAGGAACUCGAACUUUCCAAAGGCCCUCCCAGACCCUCGGCUUUUCCGAUUUUGACAGAAAUUUCGGGUCUCAAGUGCUUGACCAAGCUUUCCAUUUGUCAUUUCUCUAUACGAUACCUUCCUCCCGAAAUUGGAUGCUUGAAGAAGCUGGAGUAUCUUGAUCUUUCGUUCAAUAAAAUUAAGACGUUGCCGUCGGAGAUUAGUUAUUUGCAGGGCUUGAUAUCCAUGAAAGUUGCGAAUAAUAAGUUAGUGGAACUGCCGUCAGCUAUGUCUUCUCUGUCAAGGUUGGAGAGUUUGGACCUGUCGAAUAAUAGGUUGACUUCGCUGGGGUCCCUUGAACUUGCCUCCAUGGAUAGACUUCAGAAGUUAAACCUUCAGUACAACAAGCUGCUCGCGAAUUUUCAAAUUCCUUCAUGGAUAUAUUGUAAUAUGGAGGGAAAUGAUGGAGCUAGAUGCAAAGAUGAUUGUAGCAGUUCUUCUGUUGAAAUGGAUCUCUAUGAAAACAGCUUUCAUGAGAAUGAUGAAACCCUUUCUGACAACAGCCCUCAUAAUAUCAUUUCAAGCAUGGUAACAAGCUCCUCAUCUAGCAGAUGUUUUGCAUCCCGGAAGUCAGGUAAACGGUGGAAACGGCGACAUUAUUUACAGCAGAAAGCUCGUCAAGAACGCUUGAACAACAGUAGGAAGUGGAAAGCUGUAGAUCAUGACCAGUUGAUGAGCAAGAAGAUUCACCGAAUUUCUGAAGCAGGAAAUCAAGAUAGUCUUGCUUCUGAAAGUUGUGGAGAAAUUGUAUCAGAGAAUGAGAACCUGGACGAUAGUAAUAAAAGAAUAUUCUCUGAACAAGCAGUAAAUGAUGAUGUAAUUGAUAAUGUUAACAAUGACGAAGUAAUUAUUGAAAAGCACUUUUCUCGGGAAGAUUGCUGCUCUACUGAAAGCAAAGAUGAAAAAGAUGCAACGCUAUGCUCCUUAGAGGACAGGCAAAGUGAUCAGGAUGAAACAUCUUGUACAGAACUUUUGAAGUGUGUUUCUAAAUCAAAGAGACAUUUAGAUCGGGAUCUUGAUAAUCCUAAACCAUGCAAGUCUAGAAAAUCAAUUAGUGCUUCGAUAUUGUCUUGCAAGUACAGCAAAAUGUCUUUUUGUGGAAUUGAAGACCAUCUAUCCGAUGGAUUUUAUGAUGCAGGACGAGAUCGGCCAUUUAUGCCUCUGGAGAGUUAUGAGCAAAUUCAGUGUCUUGCUUCUCGUGAAGUUAUCCUUCUAGACAGAAAAAAAGAUGAAGAGUUGGAUGCUGUUAUGCUAGCUGCUCUGGCACUGGUCUAUAAUUUGAAACAGUUAAACGGUUUAAACAGACCUGGGAACCAGGCUGUUGUUGAUAACUUGCAGUUACAGACAGCAUCACUGCUCGCACUCUUUGUAUCAGAUCAUUUUGGUGGCAGUGAUAGAGGUGCUAUUGUAGAUAGGACACGAAAAUCUGUGUCUGGUUCAAACUAUAGCAAGCCUUUUGUCUGUACAUGCUCAACUGGAAGCAGCACCAGUAUAAGUGCUUCAACCAAACCUGUUGUAAACACCACAGAAGAUAUCACUCUUGCUAAGAUGUCUGAAAAAUCUCUUCACUCUAUAAAAAAAAGGCGAAAUUCAAUCAUAGUUCCUCUUGGCUCUGUGCAGUAUGGUGUAUGUAGACAUAGAGCUCUGCUUUUUAAGUAUUUAUGUGAUCACAUGGAGCCUCCAAUUCCUUGUGAGCUUGUCAGGGGUUACCUGGAUUUUUCACCACAUGCCUGGAAUAUCAUUCUGAUUAAGAGGGGUGCAACAUGGGUUCGAAUGCUGAUUGAUGCUUGUCGACCUCAUGAUAUAAGAGAAGAGAAGGAUCCCGAAUACUUUUGUAGGUACAUACCUCUCAAUCGAACCACAAUCCCCCUUUCAUCUGGAGGAAGUCCAGGUCCUGAUCAUUCUUUCCUAUCUCUAACCACUUGUGAUGAACUCGAGACAAAAGCUUCAACUACUUUAGUUAAAUGCAAAUUUGGAUCAGUGGAGGCUGCAGCAAAGGUGCGCACUUUGGAAGAGCAAGGGAGUUUGGCAGAGAAAAUUAAAAAUUUUGAAUAUAACUGUUUGGGAGAAAUUAGAAUUCUUGCUGCUUUAAAACACCCCUGCAUUGUGGAAAUGUAUGGACACCAAAUAUCAUGUCAAUGGUCUAUCUCAGCUGAUGGUAAUCCUGAGCACCGCGUAUUAAGAUCUGCAAUUUUUAUGGAGUAUGUGGAAGGGGGCUCCUUAAAAAACUAUCUGGAGAAGCACUCAAAAGCUGGUGAAAAGCAUGUUCCUGUGGAGUUGGCUUUGUAUAUUGCCAAAGAUGUCUCAUGUGCUUUGUCAGAGUUGCACUCAAGGCACAUAAUUCAUCGUGACAUAAAAAGUGAAAACAUUUUGAUUGAUUUGGAUAAGAAGAGAGACGAUGGAACUCCUACUGUGAAGCUGUGUGAUUUUGAUAGUGCAGUGCCACUAAGAUCAACUUUACAUGCAUGUUGUAUUGCUCAUGUAGGAACGCCUCCUCCUUGUGUAUGUGUUGGAACUCCUCGGUGGAUGGCUCCAGAGGUUAUGCAGACAAUGUAUGAAAAGAACUCUUAUGGAUUGGAAGCUGACAUUUGGUCGUUUGGAUGUUUACUUUUGGAGAUGCUGACUCUACAAAUUCCAUAUUCUGGACUUCCUGAUUCACACUUCCUUGAUAAUCUGCAGUUGGGUAAAAGACCACAGUUAACUGAUGAGCUGGAGGAGAUGAGUUUAUUGAAUGAACCCACAAUGAUUCCAACUGCUGAAGAGCUGGAAAAAUCAGAUGUUGAGGUAGACAUGUUGAAAUUUCUGGUUGAUUUGUUCCAUAGGUGCGUGGAAGAAAAUCCAAACAAACGUCCUACAGCCGAAGAAAUCCAUAAAAUGCUGCUUGCACACACAUGUCGCUUACAAGUUUAAGAUUUUAGGAAGAUUUAGGUAGGUUAUUGGAGUGGCCCUGUCCUGAGGAAAUAUAUUGUUACGAUAAAUAUAUUCAUUCUUUUUCUUCCUAAAUUGUGCUAGGGCUUAUCCAAGAAUAAUUGUUUGUACUUUGUAUUAGGUCCAAGUCUUCAGUGAGUUGUAUCUUUUGUACAUUUUUAAGGGGUUAGAUCCAUGCGGCAAUGUAAGUGUGAUCGAGAUAUUUAUGUCGUAGUUGCUAGAUCUCUUUCGGAUUUUAAACGUAUUUAUGCUGUAGUAGUUAGAUCCCUUUCGGAUGUUAAACGUUGAGACGAACAUGGGUUCAAGCAUUCUGCAGGUGUUUCUGAUUAAUUUAUUGAUUGCAUUGAAUUGAAUCCUCUGAUUAAUUUGUUGA